AUGUCAAUGAACAAGGCUGCGAUGAUCUGCCUAAUCGCCUGGCUCGGAGCCCUGGAAAUUGCUGGUGACGUCUUCUGGGAUCCACCAAACGAGACAUCCCAGGUAGAUGGCUACUCCCUGUAUUUGAACGGUGCCACGGUGAACCGCUCUGUCGUCGGUGUCCCUGCAGCUUUGGGCACGAACACGCUGCCCGUCCCCACAGAGACCGUGCUUCCUCCCUACACCUCACUGCUCGUUUACACCUUUUCUUCCCUCACGGAGCAGUCGUCGCCGGCGGAGUUGGACAUCAGUGACACCAGCUCGACAGUCACGAAUGUGCUCUUGGUGGACAAGGAUCUAGAUGAAGAGGAGCUGGGUGGCGAGAUCACUUGGACUGAACCGUCGGACACGGCCCAGAUCCGCUUCUAUGCAACUUACAUGGAAGGCCCAACGGUGAACCGCUCGCAGAUUGGAGCUUUCGUCCCGGUCGGAAUCUCGAACACCUCCUUGGAUCCAGACACUCCGCUGGAGAACUACACAGAGAUCACGGUCUACACUCGCUCUGGAUUGGUGGAGCAGAGCGUGCCUGCCAUCUACAGCAUCAGUGACACCUUUGCCGUGGCUCGCACCCUCAGCUUUGAGGAUGAUGAUUUGGAUGGCUUAGAGAUUGCCGGUGAUCUGAUCUGGCAGCCGCCCGCGAAUCUUGACCAAGUCACUCACUAUGUCGCUUACUUGGCCAACAACUCCUUCGGUGCCUGGCGCUCCCAACUAGGCAUCCUAGACAUUCCUGUGGGCACGAACCAGCAGAUCCUGUUGGAGGACACCGCUUGGGAGCUGUACCUGCUGGUCUACACCAAGUCAUCGCUGGCGGAGCAGACCACGCCGGCGUUUCUUCCAGCUAGCGAUUCAUCUUCCUCUGUUCCGAAUGUCACGUUCGUGGACAAGGACUUGGAUGCUGGCGAGAUGGGUGGCACCAUCAUUUGGGCCGAGCCUGCAGACUCAGAGCGCUUAGCUGCCUACACUGUCUACCGAUCGUUUGGAUCCGACGGUGUGCUGGGCAAAUCCAGGCUUUACAACGAUGUGGCCAAGGGAGGUGGAAACACCGUGCCAGUGAUGCCAGAUAUGCAGAUUGGCGUCUUCUGGUACAUCGCUGUCUACUCCAGGUCCUCGCUGUACGAGCAGACCACUCCGGUGGUAAUCGAAAUCAACGACACAGUGGCCAAGGUCAACAUCUCCAGCUUCACAGACAGAGACCUCGACGAGAAUGACCUGGGCGGGGUGGUCCUGUGGCAGCCGCCGGCAGACGAAUCUGAGGUGGUUCACUACCGCUUCUAUCUCGCAGAAGAUGUCGAUGGGACCGUACGCACUGCAUUGGGGCUGGAGACCGCUGUCGGAACGAAUGAGGAGCUACUUCCUCCAGAGACUAUCAAGGAGAACAGCACCCACCUCCUGGUGUAUACCGUCUCCACAUUGGCGGAGCAAACGACUCCAGAUGCCCUGCCCAUCUACGACAUGAUCGCCAGUGUGUCCCAGGUAGCUUUCAUUGAUCAAGACACGGAUUUCGGGCAGCUGGGCGGCGAGGUUACGUGGUUUGCUCCCGACGACGUUUCGAGGGUCACGCACUACCUUGCUUAUCUUGCGCAAGACGCUGUUGGAGCAGCCAAGUCACAGAUCGACGUUGACCUUCCGGAGGGCACCUUGAAUGUCACUGUCAUUGCCGACACACAGCUGCACCAGAAUACGCACGUGGUUGUGUACACUCGGUCGUCUCUUGUGGAGCAGACCACCCCAGCUUUCCUUGAGAUUUCCGACACGAUCUCGUCGGUUCCGUACCUUCGCUUUACGGAUCUGGAUCUCGAUCCGCUCCAGAUUGGAGGUUACUUGGAGUGGGUGGCUCCGGAGGACAACUCCACCAUUACGCAUUACACCCUAUAUGCCGCAGAAGAUGCCCUGGGUUCCAACAG